AUGGGUCAGAAUUCGUCCCAGCCCGAGGGAAUCCCUGAGAUUUCUGAGGAUUUUGGAAUUGUCGACUUGACACUGACGUUCAUUCCAGUUCCCGAAACUCCGUAUGCAGAACACGACACGCCCGAGCCGAAGAAGAGAGACAAGAAAAACCGCCACUCGAAGAAGAGGGAGAAGCUGAGUCAAUCUGACAAGGCCAAUGGGAUAGGAACUCCACCUUCAGAUGACAAUGCGACGAAAUCCUCGAAGCGAAAGCGCGAGGACGAACCUGAGCGCAAGAAGUCCAAGAAGAAGAACCGCAAGGAUGAUGCGCGACAUGAGGCAGAGUCCCCCUCCCCACCAAGAGCUCCCUUCUCUAGCCAAGCCACUUCAUCGAUGCUCGAACGAUCCGAGAAGAAAGCUCACAAGUCAAGCAAACAAAAGAAAGAUUCAAAUGGCAUCACUCCCCCCGCUUCUCAGGUUUCUCGUGCUACUCCGGCUGCCAAGGGCACUCCCGACAGUAAGCAGCAGAUGUCUGAGGAAGGCAAAAACAGUGUCCGAGGCCCAAGAAUCAGAGAGGCGGACAACAAGAAAAUCGGUUUCUACACCCCCGAGGAACUGGAGAAGAUUGAAUCAUACAAGGUCACUUUCUGUAAUUGGCAUGGCGUCUCUGGGCUCACAUUCGAUGAGUUGGUCCACCAUUCAGAGCGUGGCUCACAGGAUUGGCCACUUCCCACAACGACCAUGACCAAAUCUGAAUUCUGGGACGAGAUCUACGCUCUUCUUCCUGGCCGUGACCGACGGUCCGUGUACCGAUUCAUGCGCCGACACUUUCAGGGCUCAACUCAACGGGCACAUGACUGGUCCCCAGAGCAAGAUGAAGAGCUCAUCGAGCUGCACGCCCAGCAUGGACCAAAAUGGACAUACAUUGGCAAGCUUCUCGGGCGUAGCGAUGACGACGUUUACCAGCGCUGGAAGAACAGGCUCAGAUACAAGGACACCAUGAAACGUGGCGCGUGGUCAGCAGAGGAAACAAAACUAUUCCUAGAAGCUAUGCAGGCAGUUUGGGAAACUCUGAGAUACACCCUCAGCAAGGAGGAGAAACGCAAAUCGCUGGGCAAAGACUUAUAUGAAAUGGACGAGACUCUGGUUCCCUGGGGUACCAUCAGCAGUGCAUUGGAUAAUAAACGAUCUGAACAACAGUGCUCGGACAAAUUCCGGAAGAUUCGGCCUGUUGUCAUGAGAAUGCGAGCCAAUGGCAAUCCAGACGCUGUCUUCGAUUACGAGACCUCUGCUAAGAGAGCUCGCAAUUGGAACAGAAAAAUCGGCGAAGGCCAGAUAAGCGAACAAUACGUGAACGAUGAUGACAGCGACGUGGAUAGGGAUGCUGACGAGGUUAAAGAGACCCCGGGCCCGCAGCCAACCCGCACGCAAGGGUUCUCCGGGAUUGUUCGAGAAAUUAGCCAUGGCCCUAGUCAGGAGACUGAUGCUGAGUCUGAAUUUGAGUCCGCCAAACAGUCAAAGAAGUCUAAGAAGUCGAAGAAGAACAAGCAUGCUGAGGACCCCAAUACAGAGGAACAAGCCGUGUCAUUCCCUAAACUUAAAGAAGAGAAGAAGCGUGAGAAGAAGGAGAGACGUGAAAAGGAGAAGCAAGAGAAUACUGAGAAUGAAGUGACGGCCGAGAAAGCUUUACGAAAGGAGCGCAAGAAGCAGAAGAAGGAGGAAAAGAAGAGACGAGAGGAGGAAGAGCGCCGUGCGGCUGGAGCAUCGAGCAGCGAGGCUGAGAGUGAGCCUAAGCAGAAGAAGGCCAAGGAGUCUAAGUCCAAGAAGGUUUCUAGCGAGGCUGAUCACAGAUCUGACGGUGAAAAUGACAACACUCAAUCGCCCUUUGCUGCUCCCUCUCCCAGUUUCGCCAAAACUGACACUCCUUCGGUCCACGAUGAAUCAGAGAGUGACAAGGAAGAGGAAGAUGGCGACACGAACAUGAAGCUCGAAACUGACUCGGAGUAA